AUGCAGUGUCAGGAUGUUCACCAAUUCGUCCAGAAGCUGGUCCGCAGGCGGCCCCUGGAGCCCAGGGAGGGGUCUGAGAGUCGCAUGUCUCGUUGUCUGAACACCCUAGACCUGGUGGCCUUGGGUGUGGGCAGCACCCUGGGGGCUGGUGUGUACAUCCUGGCUGGUGAAGUGGCCAGGAACAAAGCUGGACCAGCGAUUGUCAUCUGCUUCUUGAUAGCUGCCUUGUCUUCUGUGUUGUCUGGUCUCUGCUAUGCCGAGUUUGGGGCCCGGGUACCAGGCUCUGGUUCUGCAUAUCUCUACAGCUAUGUCACAGUGGGACAACUGUGUGCUUUCAUCACUGGCUGGAACCUCAUACUAUCCUAUGUCAUAGGCACCGCCAGCGUGGCCAGGGCCUGGAGCUCUGUUUUUAAUAGCCUGAUUGGGAACCACAUCUCUCAGGCAUUACAGGGAACUUUCUCUCUGCAUGUGCCCUACUUCCUGGCCAAGUACCCAGACUUUUUCGCGCUGGCCCUGGUGCUGCUGAUGACAGGAGUACUGGUUCUGGGAGUUCGUGAGUCGACCCUGGUUACCAGAGUGUUCACAGGCAUCAACCUUUUGGUUCUCAGCUUCGUCAUCUUUUCUGGCUUCAUUAAGGGGGAUCUGCACAACUGGCAGCUCACGGAACAGGACUACAAAUUAAACACAUCUGCAUCCAAUGACACCUCUAUCUUGGGCCCUCUGGGUUCUGGAGGGUUUGUGCCUUUCGGCUUUGAUGGGAUUUUCCAAGGAGCAGCUACAUGUUUCUUCGCAUUUGUUGGUUUUGAUUCCAUUGCCACUACAGGGGAAGAAGCCCGAAAUCCUCAGCGAUCCAUCCCCUUGGGCAUCGUGAUCUCACUCUUCAUCUGCUUUUUGGCAUAUUUUGGUGUCUCGGCGGCCCUCACCCUCAUGGUGCCCUACUACCGGAUUCACCCUGAGAGCCCCUUGCCGCAGGCUCUUCUCCAUGUUGGGUGGGGCCCUGCCAGAUAUGUCGUGGCUGUUGGCACCCUCUGUGCUCUUACAUCCAGCCUCCUGGGCGCCAUGUUCCCUAUGCCUCGCGUGAUCUACUCAAUGGCAGAUGACGGGCUCCUUUUCCGGGGACUUGCCCGUAUUCAUCCCCGCACACGCACCCCCAUCGUGGCCACCUUGGCUUCUGGAACUCUCGCAGGGGUCAUGGCACUACUCUUUGAGCUCAGUGAUCUCGUGGACUUCAUGACAAUUGGGACCCUGCUUGCUUAUUCCUUGGUGGCUUUUUCUGUUCUUGUCCUCAGGUACCAACCAGAUCAGAUUUUCAGCAAGAAUGAGAAAAUAGAGCUAAAAACUGAGAUGAAGCCUGUAGUUGAAGCAAGCCCUUUGGAAUCCGUGCCUGAAGCAGGAACCUCAAAGAUUCUAAAGAGCCUGUGUGACCCUCUCAACACCGUCCCCACUCUGACAUCUGGCCAGAUUGUCUAUGGAUGUGCCUUACUGCUUGUUCUCCUGCUAACCAUCCUCAGCCUGGUGCUGGCCCGGUGGCCCAGCCGCGUGUUCUCUGGAGACCCCGUGGCCACAACAGCGGUUGUGCUGCUACUGCUGCUCAUCGUGGGGGUCACGGUCAUCAUUUGGAGGCAGCCCCAGAGCCCCGCUCCUCUUCACUUCAAGGUCCCUGCUUUGCCUGUCCUCCCCCUGGUGAGCAUCUUUGUGAAUGUUUACCUGAUGAUGCAGAUGACUUCCGGGACUUGGGCCCAAUUUGGUGUCUGGAUGGCAAUUGGAUUUGCCGUAUACUUUGGAUAUGGGGUCCGACACAGCUUGGAGAAGAAUGAUCAACCUACCAGCCUCCACCUCCCAGACUCUUGACAAAAACAUCCCUAG